AUGUCCCAACGACCGAGUGCCCCGGUGAAGCUUUCGUUGCCUCUGCAAUACCAACAAGACCUCUUCAACGAGCUCCGCAACGAAGAUGAGCUCGUUGUCCUCGCCCGGGGCCUCGGGCUUUUGCGUCUUGUGACGAACCUGCUCCACACCUAUGAUGCGGCGGGAAAUAGCCUGGUCCUGGUUGUGGGGGCAGAUGAUCGCGAGAAUGAGUGGAUCGGUGAAGCCCUCGCCGAACACUAUGCCAUCAGCAAAACCCCCUUGGCCCGCGGGUUGAAAGUAAUUAAUACCGAUAGAGCGGGUGUGCCUAUGAGAUCCAAGAUAUACGAACAAGGCGGCAUAUUGAGUGUCACAUCGCGUAUACUUGUCGUGGAUUUAUUGUCAAAGCUGCUUGACCCAGAGAAAAUCACCGGCAUCAUUUUAUUGCAUGCAGAGAGGCAAGUGAAUUUUGCAACCGCCUUGGAAGCGUUUAUAGUCCGAGUUUACCGUCAAUUUAACAAGUCUGGCUUCUUAAAAGCAUUUUCUGACAGCCCCGAGCCCUUCACCACUGGGUUUGCACCAUUGUCAAAUAUGAUGCGAAAUCUCUUCAUGAGAAAACCUUCUUUAUGGCCCAGAUUUCACGUUACCGUUGCAGAAUCUCUUGAAGGCCGUCGCAAGGCGGAAGUGAUUGAACUCGAGGUUCCCAUGAGUGACAAAAUGAGAGAGAUUCAAAACGCGGUUUUGGAAUGUGUUGAAACGAGCAUUUCCGAGCUCAAAAAGGCCAACUCUGGCCUAGAUAUGGAAGAUUGGACUUUGGACAGUGCGCUACAUAAGAACUUUGAUGUGUCGAUACGGAGGCAGUUGGAUCCUAUAUGGCAUCGUGUUAGCUUUAGGACUCGGCAAAUUGCGAGCGACCUGACAGUCCUGAGAGCGAUACUACACUCUCUUCUCACCUACGAUGCCGUGUCUCUAUUGAAAUACUUGGACACUAUUGUCGCAGCGCAUUCUGCUCCCCCGGGGUCAACAAGGCACAGUUUUUCACCAUGGCUCUUCCUCGAUGCUGCACAUGUCCUAUUCGAGACUGCAAAAUCACGCGUGUAUAGAGGCAAGAUUACCGGAGACGACACCACACCGUUUUCAACUUCCUUUUCAACAGCGUUGCAACCCGUGUUAGAAGAACAGCCAAAGUGGAAUGUGCUUGCCGAAAUCCUUCAAGAAAUUGAGCAGGAUGCCUACCUCAAUCCGACAACCCGCGAUGAUUCACAUAGUACUGUUCUGAUCAUGUGCAGCGAUCAACGCACAUGCAAACAAGUUCGAGGCUUUUUAGAGUCGAGGCAUGUGAAGCCAAGUGCAAAUAUUGAUUUGGAACAACUUGAUUCCGACGAAGCCGACUCUGCAGGAGAUUCAUCCGCCGAAUUAAUGAUGCGAAGGAAGCUGAGAGAAUAUUUGAAUUGGAAGCAGAACUUUACUCACGUUAGAGAGAACUUGUAUUCUUCAAAACAGAGCUCAAAUGAUACGCCCAGUCGCGGAUCAAAUACAUCGACUGCUACAGGAAGAGCACCUCCAAACAAACGACGCCGUGUGCGAGGUGGUGCUGCGGGUCCUACCAUGGCUGGACGAACACCGAACAGCAGUGUCCAGGCCGAUGUUGAAGCGCCUAUUCAAGUUUCCGAGUUAUUAGACGAUCUACAACCACGCGGCGAGGAAGAAACUUUGAAAGAAGACGUUAUUGUUGACGAUUUGGAGGAUAUGGAAGACUACUACGAGCUUUACGAUAUGAAUGACCUUGUUAUGAUUCACCCUUAUGAUGGUGAUAUGGACGAACGGAUUCUAGAGGAAGCUCGUCCGCGGUAUAUUAUUAUGUACGAACCAGAUGCUGCUUUCAUACGCCGAGUAGAGGUGUAUCGCAGCUCCCAUACGGACCGCAAUGUGCGAGUAUACUUCAUGUACUAUGGAGGAUCUGUCGAAGAACAGCGUUACCUGAGCGCAGUUCGACGAGAAAAAGAUGCAUUCACCAAGCUCAUCAAAGAGAAGAGUGGUAUGGCCGUUACUUUGACCCAUGAUAAGAGCCUCGAGGAUCCAGAAGAGCUAUUUUUGAGAACCGUCAACACUCGAAUCGCAGGUGGCGGGAGAUUGGCAGCAACAGCGGCACCACUCACUGUUGUCGUUGAUGUUCGAGAAUUCCGAAGUGCGCUUCCGUCGUUGCUUCAUGGUCGUAGCAAUGUCGUCGUGCCCUGUCAACUGACGGUUGGAGAUUAUGUCUUGACACCAGAUAUAUGUGUCGAGCGUAAGUCGGUGCGAGAUCUAAUCAGCUCUCUUAAGAACGGACGCCUAUAUAACCAAGCCGAGACCAUGCUUCAACACUACAAGAACCCGAUGCUCUUGAUCGAAUUCGACCAGAACAAAUCCUUCACCUUUGACGCAUUUGCUUCGGCUUCGAUGCCUAGCACAGGCUUUCUUUCAGAUUACGUUUUCACAUCAUCCGGGAACCCUACCACGGUGGCGAAUAGCAGCUCCUUGGCCAAUCCGUCCAGCCCCAAGUCUGCACAACAUAUGCUGGUUCUUCUGACACUCGCAUUUCCUCGCCUUAAAAUCAUCUGGUCUUCGUCACCCUCCCAAACGGCGGAGAUCUUUGCAGAGCUUAAAAAGAAUAACCCAGAACCCGAUCCUAUUCGGGCAGUCCAAAUUGGUCUUGAUAUCGACAUUUCUGAAUCAGCCAGCUCUGGAAACGUCAUGGCUGCCUCUGGAAUCGAGCAUCGAGCAUUUAACCAGCUUCCACAGGAUAUGCUUCGCGCCGUUCCCGGUGUAAACCCGGCAGUCCUCGAGCGGCUGACUGUGGAGACGAGUAAUAUUCAUCAACUCGCAAAUAUGGACGUGGAAGAACUCAAUCCACUUGUUGGGAGAGAAACGGGGCGAAAGAUUGUGAGGUUUUUCAGGAAAAACGUUUUUGAAAAUAAUGAUGGGGGUUCGUGA